AUGCCAGUCUUUAACAUAUUCGGCUCCGAUGAUAGUUCCAGAGAAACCUCUGAGAGCGACUCUGACGCAACCAGUGAAAGUGGAUCCACCAGUGAAAGUGGUUCCGGUAGUGGCAGCGAAAGCGGAUCCGGCAGUGGCAGCGAAAGUGGAUCCGGCAGUGGUAGCGACAGCGACAGUGAUGAUACCUCUGACAGUGGUUCUGGCUCUGGAUCUGGAAGUGGAUCUGGCAGUGACAGCGGCAGCGGCAGCACAUCUGACAGCGAUGACACGUCGGAGAGCGGUGAUACAUCCGACAGUGGAUCUGGCUCUGGCUCUGGUUCUGGGUCCGACAGCGGAAGUGGUUCUGGCUCUGGCAGUGGGUCUGGAUCUGGAUCUGGAUCUGACAGUGGAUCCGGAAGCGGUUCUGACGAUGACACUACCGAUGAUGGUAGUGAUUCUGGCAGUGGAAGCGGCUCUGAUAGUGGAUCUGGCAGUGGAUCCGGCUCUGAUAGCGGAUCUGGCAGUGGAUCUGGCAGCGGAAGUGGUUCUGAUAGCGGAUCCGGCAGUGGAAGCGGAAGCGAUUCCGAUGAUGAUACUACCGAUGACGGUAGCGGUUCCGGCAGUGGCUCUGGCAGCGGUUCCGAGAGCGGCUCUGGAUCGGGUUCCGGCAGCGGCUCUGGUAGUGGAUCCGAUAGUGGAAGUGGUUCUGGAUCAGGUUCAGGCAGUGGGUCUGGAUCAGGCUCUGGCAGUGGAUCAGGUAGUGGAUCAGGCAGUGGGUCUGAUUCCGAGAGCGGCUCUGGAUCUGGCAGCGGCAGCGGUACUAGCAAAAAGAGCAACUCUUCCAGCAAAAAGAGCAAGAGCAGCAGCUCCAGCAAGAACAAAAGCAAGGACCGCAGCGCCGCCAUUGCCCCCAGCGAUGAUGAUGAUGAUGACAGCUCGGAUGUCAGCACGGACACUAGUUCGGAUGGAAGUAGUGACAGCAAGAAAUCCAAAAGCAAAAAUUCCAAGGAUCGGGAUGAAUCCGGCAAGGGUGGUUCCGUUUCUGGUUCCGAAUCGGUUCAAACCUUUGAUUGGGGAGCCGAAUUCCCCAGCACUCCAGCCCCUCCUCCUCCCAAGGAUAUUUCCAUGAGCAAGGAUCAACCAAUAAUCGAAGAAGGGGACGAAGAAUCCGCCAGCAGUGGUGAAUUUGAUGAGAAUGGCAAAAAGAAGAAGAAGAAAAAGAAGAAGGACAAACGAACCUUUAACGAAAAGAUGACCAAGCAACCAUCCAUGAACCAAUAUUUGUUCUGCUGCGCUUGUUGUUGUUUCAUUAUUGGUCUUUGUCUCGUCUUGCCAUUGGUGUUGGAUCAACCGGACGAUCCUGCUCCCGCCGCGGCUGGCGAUCCCUUUGGCUUGGCGAAUUACUCGUAUGCCGAAUACCUCCAAGACUUUGCCAAUGCCGUCGACCGUGGCAAUGGUGGUUCCAGUGAAAUCGCCAGUCUUCCUUGCGAAGAUCCUCGUGCCAAGGCACUGAAGUGGAUCAAGAACGAUGACAAGAUGGAGGGUAUGGACGCACGUAUCAUUGAAGAUAUGCCCAUUGCAUUGAGUUUGGAACGUUUUGUGGCCGCCACGACGUAUUACAGUUUGAUUGGAGACGAUACUACUUGUGAUACUAGUGGCAGUCAUGAAUUGGACACUUCCUUUGGUUUCUUGGGAACCGAUUCCAUUUGCGAAUGGCGAUCUCAAUUCUUCCUUGGAAUCUGGUGCAACCGAGAAUUGAAGGUGGAAGAGGUUAGCAUUUACAAUGUGAAUGGUUUGAAUGGAACCAUCCCAUCUGAGCUUGCCUUGUUGCAAGACUUGGAGAAACUUCACGUGUCUGGCUUGGGUGGAUCCUCGCCCAUGCCCAGCGAAAUUGGAAACUUGGAAAAGCUCCACACUCUCACGUUGCCUAAUGUUGGUUUCUAUGGAUCUGUUCCAACCGAAGUCGGUCAAUUGUUUUCCUUGCAAUCCAUGGAUUUGAGUGGAAACAACUUGAAUGGAACCUUACCCGGUGAGAUUGGCAAUUUGUUCCAGGUGGCCAACAUUUCCUUAGCCGGCAACGGUUUGAAUGGAACCCUUCCCACGGAAUUGGGAUUCUUGAGCGCCUUGAGGUCUCUCGAUUUGAGCGCCAAUCGAUUUUCGUCUCGCAUUUCGACCGAACUGGGACGAUUGUUCAACCUGCAGGAAUUGGAAUUGAACGAAAACGAAUUUGCCGGCGGCAUUCCUACCGAGCUGUACGAAUUGUCCAAUUUGGUAAGCUUGAACGUUCGUAAGAAUGAAGAGCUCAAGGGAGAUUUGGAUCCACUGUGCAACAAUGUGGACCUUGCCGUCUUUGAAGGUAUCGCCGAUUGUGCUUUGGAUGAGCCUUUCUGUUACUGUUGCUUUUGCUUCUAA